AUGGACACAAUCUUUAAACCACUUUUGAGGAAGUUUGUAUUGGUCUUCUUUGAUGACAUCUUGGUCUACUUCAAGUCCAUUGAAGAACACAAAGAGCACUUGAAGAUUGUGAUGAUGAUUUUGGAAGAACACCAUUUUUUCAUAAAGACUUCUAAAUGUGCAUUUAUAGAAAAAGAAUUAGAGUAUAUUGGUCACUUUAUCUUGGGAGAAAGGGUAAGGGUUGAUCAAGGGAAGAUUGAGGCCUUGGUGGAUUGGCCAUUGCCUAAGGAUGUUUUGCUUUUGAGGGGUUUCUUGAGUUUGAUCGGGUAUUAUAGAAGAUUUGUGAAGAACUAUAGUCUCAUUGCCAAGCCACUCACUUCUUUACUUAAGAAGGACAAUUUUGAGUGGAUACAAGAAGCAAGGGAAGCCUUUGAGAAUUUGAAGAGGGCUAUGACUGUGACUGCCGUGCUUACAUUGCCCAACUUUGAGAAGCCAUUUGAGGUGUAUAUAGAUGCGAGUGAGGAAGGAAUAGGUGCGGUUUUGAUGUAA